ACAAACCUGACUUCGGGCUUUCGAUCAUUCCAGGCUACUGCAUCCACUAACGAAUAUCCAAUGUCUGAACCACCUUUGCUACCUGGUGCCGGGAGCCGAGUCUACGCGCCUGCUGGUGACGUAGCGUCUGCCUCGCCAACGAAUCUCCAGCUCCAACACCUAUUUCAGGGAGCAACUUCGAGUGGAGAUACGCGUAUUCCACCUCUUUGGGCCCCCAGUACCAGACUCUCCGAAACCUCUGCUGAUCGACGUAUUGGCUCUUCGGCCCGUCCAGUUUCGACUCGACUUGGUGGCAGUACGGUGUCUAGCUUGAGUGCACUUGCUAACUCACAACGGACAUUUCGCUAUAUUGGUGAAAUUUGCUUGUCUUUUCACCGUUGA